GCACUCGCAUGUCCACGAGGUAGCUCACCGGGCUGGCAGCUUCCUCUAGCAUUCAAUACCCCGCUUACCUAGCUUCUCAGUUUGUCUCUCACGUUUUGCCGUGACGGGGUGACAGCUGAUAACUCUUUUGCUAGGGUACCAACAGUACUUGCCGGGGUUUAGGUUAGGUCGAAUCCACCGAAAGCGCGGGCUCAUGCUGCCGUUUGAAUUAAACUUUUUCAACAAUAUUUACUCAAACUGUCACUUGUUUUUAUCCAACAAAAAACAUUUACAGAUUGUUGUUAUUUUUCAGCGCUCCCGUUUUACCCGGUGUCAUUGCUUUUAUUGCAAUUUAUUUACUGUGUCAACUGUGCGGUUUUCAAAUACGUGCGUGUAGUGCGAGCGUGACAGCUGGAAGAGGUUAGGUCUCUUUUGCUCAGCGCGCGGGUUUUAAACUUUAUUUUUUUUUUUUUUUAGUGAUUCUAAAUAUUUAUUUAUUUCUUCGCUAGUUAUUAUUUAUUGUAAUUUAUUUAUUCGUUGCGGAUAAAUGACACUAAAAUUCAUGAGAAUGAAUUUUCGACUUGUCAAUAAUCAAUGGUUGUAAAUUUUAAUUAUUUUAAUUAAUAGCUGAAUUUGUUAAAUCUUUCACAACAAGAUUAUCAUCGCACCUCAGCAAUCAUGUGGAAAGACAGCGGUCCAACUAUGGACAAUUCUUCAUAUUUGCCGAAUCAUCUCCCGCCACCGUCCUUGGUCGUGUUUUCACAGGCCGGGGGACUCCCCGAUGGCUUGCGAAUGCAGAGACCCUUCAAUCCACAAGUAACCGAUUCGAAAGAGCUGCAAGUCCCGUUCAGCACCGCCGCGCAACUGGGCUACGGACUUCACCAUAUGUUACACUUGCCACACCAAUUUUUGCAUCCUCUGGACCCACGACUACCCUUUGGAGCGUUUCGUCCCCUGGGACCGUCGGCAUUUGCGCCUCCAAGCAAGUGCCUAAAAGUUGAAACCGGAGGCUCAAGUGUGUCUUCUGGACUGGCGAGCAUCGGCUCGCUGUCAAACAUGUCGAAUAUGUUUUCGCCGUCAUUGCCGUCUUCGGGAGUCGCCGGUGGACUACCUGGCGGUCCGAGUAAUCAAGAAGUAGCUCCGCAAAGUCCAGCUGGCUCCGCGAGUCGUUCACCCCUGGGUACUGGCCCCGGCUCGACUAAUGCCUCUAAUCGCGGACCCAGUCCUGAUGAUGAUGAUCGCGACACAAAUGCUACGCCUGGUUCCGAGAACACCGAACGGUCUACGCCCGAGGAAGGACGGCCCUACAGACUGGGGCCAGUAUUCGGGGGUCGAUGCGGCGCAGAGGCGCUUGGUUUGGGUCUAGGACUGUCACUGGGCCCAGCCUACAGGUUCGCUCUGCCCCCGGGACUCGCUGCCAAGACCACCCGUUGUCUUGUACAAGACCAAGGUAAAAAAAAGUUUUCAUCCGACCCGUCAUGUUGUCCGGUUUGCGGCGUUACAGUAAGACCGCAAGAACUCGAGCAGCAUUUCGCCCAAGAAUUAGAUCGGCUUUACAAGGUAUCUGUCAAUAAUUCUCGACCGCGACAGAGGUUAUCGUUGCCGCCGGGACACCAAGAUCACCAACAUGGACCGAUGCUUCAUGCUCCUUCCACUACUGAUGGAACGAUACAGGGACGCUGGGAGACUUAUAAAAGGAUUCGAGCUAAUCGUCAAGCGAGAAUCCGUGUCAAAAACCGUAAGAGAAAAGCAGAUGAGCCAGUGUGUCCCGUAUGCAACGAACGGCUCUCAGGUACUCCAGAAGAGCUGAACCAGCACGUGGAGCGAUGCUUAGCGAAGCACAACGGUGGAAAUCCGGGGUCACAUGUAAAUUUGGACGACGAAGAAGUCGACGUGGAGGGUGACGCGGAAACAUUUGAAGAGUACGAAUGGGCCGGCCAGAGAAGGAUCCGAGCCACCUCGAUGCUAGUCGGUGGAUUCUCCGCUGCCGGAUUAGCCACGGCAACGAGCAAUCGCUCAAGUAACCAAGAAGAAGAGGAGGAUUUGGUGGUCGACGGGGAUGACGCGGCGCAAUUUGGGCCAGCUCAGUACUCGGAAGCCGACGUGAUAGCUCCUCGGGGUGAAGGCUCGUUAAGGGAGCAAAAAGAGCGCGAUGCAUUGCGCGAGGCGGUUAUUUCCCCGAACGCCCCGCUGACGCCUCACACGCCACCCGACCAGCCCCAUGGCGCCCAGGUCGACGUCAAAUCCGAACCAGGUACCAAUAAUAAUUCCAUGUCCGUGUCGCCUUCUUCUACGCCACGACAGCGCUCUGACAGUGAUGACGCUGGAUCCACGUCGUCUCCGAAAAGGGAGGGCAGCGACGUCCCCAUCGUCGACGCUCUGCGCAGCAGGAUUCGCGAACUCGAAAAUGAAAUGCGGGGUCAACCUUUCAAGUGUUUAAUUUGUAUGGAGCAAUACAAAAAACCUGUAACUUCAGUCUGUUGUUGGCACGUUCAUUGCGAGCAGUGUUGGUUACACACUCUGGGCGCGAAAAAAUUGUGUCCGCAGUGCAACAUGAUCACCUCGCCGUCGGAUUUACGGCGCAUUUAUAUGUGAAACAUAGUAACAACAAUCCUGGUAAAAACCGAUAAAAGUGAGGGAGAUAAAAGACCUAGUCUUAAAAGCGAGUACGCAGAUAAUGAUUUUACCAGCAAUUAAACUUUUAUGGACUCUAAAGAACAAAUUAUUGUACAUUUUGUAUAUUUCACUUAAAUUUAUUGAUUCAAGUCCUGUUGUCAAUUUAGCGUUAGUAAAUUAACUCUAGAUUAUAAUUUAAAGAUAUUAAAUAAUUGUAACUGACUAUUAAUAACAAUAAUAACUAUUAAAAUAAUAAUGAUAUUAAUUAAAUAAAUAAAUAGUAUUACUGUGCCCGCCUAAAAUUUAUCUGAAUAAAGUCACUACUAACUAGAUAAAAUAACUUAACUUUUAUCUAAAAUGCACUCAUGUAAUACUGUCAAGUUAAUUAACAAAUAGUUGUGGUAAUAAAAAAAAAAAUAAAUAAAUAAAAAAUUUAAUUAACAAAUUGGUGCAUAGAUAAAACGAGAGACUAAGCCUAGAUAGACUUCACUUUAGCUGGAAGAUUAUAUUAAAGUUAAAAGUAAAUAAAUAUAUGAGUCGACGGGCAAUACUCCGUCCGAAGGCAAUUUUUUUUAUGCACAAAAA